GGGGACUGUGAGGUAGAAGGUGCUAGAGGGCUGUGGCAGCGGUAGCAUCCGGGCCGUUGUGGAUGUCAUUUCCAGCUGAGCUGAGGUGCUUUGGGACUGCUCCUUAUUGACUACGACACUCGUGAGAUUUAGAUUGACCGCAUCACUGUACGCAUCUUAAUUCUUACCGUAGAAGAUCUUCCAAAAUUGUCAAGAUGAGUGUGAUGUUGGAAACCCCAGAGAUGCCCGCCGUCUUCGACGGGAUGAAGCUGGCGGCUGUGGCCGCUGCCCUCUAUGUCAUUGUACGCUGCUUAAACUUAAAGAGUCCAACUGCUCAACCAGAUCUCCUCUACCAAGACACGGCAUUGAACCGCUUCCUAUUAAAAUCCUGCUCCUUGCUGACCAAAGAGUACAUUCCGCCACUAAUCUGGGGAAAAAGUGGACAUAUCCAAACUGCACUAUAUGGAAAGAUGGGACGAGUCAGCUCUCCGAAUCCAUACGGAUUGCGCAAGUAUCUAACAAUGCCUGAUGGAGCUACUUCAACAUUUGAUCUCUUUGAGCCUCUUGCUGAACAUUGCACUGGAGAGAUUGUUACCAUGGUCAUAUGCCCGGGGAUAGCCAAUCACAGCGAAAAGCAGUAUAUUCGGACUUUUGUGGACUACGCCCAGAAAAAUGGCUAUAGAUGUGCCGUGCUGAAUCACCUUGGAGCUUUGCCAAACAUUGAGUUAACGUCUCCACGCAUGUUCACUUAUGGCUGCACUUGGGAAUUUGGAGCCAUGGUGAGCUACAUCAGGAAGACCUUUCCACAGAGCAAACUGAUAGUUGUAGGAUUUAGCCUCGGAGGGAACAUCGUCUGUAAAUACCUGGGUGAAGCGGCAGCCAAUCAGGAGCGCGUCUUGUGUUGCGUCAGUGUGUGCCAGGGGUACAAUGCAUCCCGCAUACAGGACACCUUUCAGCAGUGGGAUCAGUUCCGAAGGUUUUACAACUUCCUCAUGGCUGACAACAUGAAGAAAAUCAUUUUGUCUCACAGACAUGCCCUAUUUGCGGACAGCAGAAAAAUAUUUGAAGAUUCGGUUCUCAGUAGACUGUAUACAGCCACGUCUCUCAUGCAGAUUGACGAUACUGUCAUGAGAAAGUUCCAUGGCUACAAGUCUCUUAAGGAGUACUACGAAGCAGAAAGCUGCGUCCGUUAUCUGCACAAUAUUCAUGUGCCACUCAUGUUGGUUAAUUCUGUGGAUGACCCUCUAGUCCAUGAAAGCUUACUGUCCAUUCCAAAGUCUCUGGCAGACAAGAAGGAGACCGUCAUGGUGGUUUUGCCACUUCACGGGGGACAUCUUGGCUUCUUUGAAGGUGCAGUACUCUUCCCAGAGCCUCUGACUUGGAUGGAUAAACUUCUGGUGCAGUACUCCAAUGCCAUCUGUCAGUGGGAGCGAAAUAAAUCCCAGUGCUCUGACAAGGAACCUGCGCAGUCUGAACACCUUUAAACGCAGCACUUCAGU